UAACGCUGCUGCAGACAGAGAGCGGUCGCUCAGCAUCUCCUCCACACAAUGGACGAGUCUGCCCGGCUCCCUGCACCGUAAACCACGGUACAAACCAGUCAAGUCCCCGCAGAGGCAACACGGGACCAGCCGCAGCAGUACACGGAGUUCCUGCCAUCAUUUGGCUGUGAGGACACGCCAGUCAUCUACGUGGCCACACCAGAGUCUAAGAUGCCCUAGGCCGGAGAAGGGAAAUGUAAAUGGCUUCCAAAGUAAAAGAUGCUGUGGUGUGGUACCAAAAAAAGAUCGGCGCCUAUGAUCAGCAGAUAUGGGAGAAAUCAGUGGAACAGAGAGAAAUAAAGUUUAUUUCUCUGGGCUUGAGGAACAAGCCAAAGAAAACCGGACAUGUCAAACCAGAUCUAAUAGACGUGGACUUGGUUAGAGGCUCGGCGUUCGCCAAAGCCAAACCGGAGAGUCCGUGGACGUCACUGACCAGGAAGGGCAUCGUCAGAGUGGUCUUCUUCCCCUUCUUUUAUCGAUGGUGGACCCAGGUCACCUCCAGAGCCAUUUUCCUGCUCCUGCUGGCUCUCUAUCUCCUACAAGCGGCGGCAGCAGUCCUGUACGUCUCCAUCCCUCAGCCUCAUGGGAUUCCGGCCACCGAGGUGUUCGGAGCCAUUUGGCUCAUGUUGCUGCUGGGGACCGUCCACUGUCAGAUCGUCUCCACCAGGACCCCCAAACCCAGCUCCAGCAGCGGGGGGAAGAGGCGCAGGAAGUUGAGGAAGGCAUCUCAGAUGGAGGUGCAUAGGGAAGGCGACGGGUCUAGCACUACCGAUAACACACAGGAGGGGUCGCCACAUUCCCACUCAGCCAGCACCACAUACAGCCUGGGGGCUUUCUUCCAAGAUUUCUGGCAUGAUAUCUGUAAAGCUGGAUCCAAAAAGUCCAAGCUUUCAAUCGAUAAGUCGACAGAGACGGACAACGGCUACGUGUCACUGGACGGCCGGGUGACCAAUCGCAGCAGUGAGGAGGGGCUUCAGCUCCACGAGCAGCGCUGUGAUUUACUCACCAGGCCUGAGGAGGUGUGCUGGAGCCCACCUGUCCAGCCCCCACACCCAGCUCACCCAGCGCGCAGCCCGGCGCUGCUGCUGGCCAACGGCAGCAAGGAGCCGGCUUCAGAUGAAGCAUCGAGUGAGGAGGACCCUGAGGCGACCUACAGCACCCUCCGCAGGGGAGUUGAGAGGAUGAACAGUGACUGCACGCUCCGAAACCGCAAGAACUCUCACCACUACAAGAAACACUACGCUGCGGAGGAUGUCCCCAAAUCUGGAACGAGCUGCAGUUCCAGAUGUUCUAGUCUGAGGACUCAGGACUCGGAGAGCACUCGACACGAGUCGGAGACCGAGGACCUGAUGUGGGAGGACUUCCUGCACUGUGCCGAGUGCAGGUCGUCCUGCACCUCAGAGACGGAGGGAGAAGGAGGAGGAACGCCUGUCUGUCCUCCCAACAAGAAGGAAUACAGAGACGACCCUUUUCAUCAGGGUCACGCUCCCUGGCUUCACAGCUCCAACCCCGGCCUGGAGAGAGUGAGCGCCAUUGUGUGGGAGGGAAACGAGUGCAAGAAGGCAGACAUGUCUGUCCUGGAGAUCAGUGGCAUGAUCAUGAACAGAGUAAACCUUUACACCCCUGGUAUUGGUUACCAGGUCUUCGGAAACCUGGUUUCAGUGACACUGGGACUCACGCCCUUCGCGUACAGGCUGGCUCAGUACUGCGACCUGGAUCAGCUGACCUCGCUGUCGGCAAAUGAACUGUUGUCUGUUGCGCUGGGAGGCGGGUCUGAAUCCGAUGUCUCUGUAAUCACCAUGGUAACACUCAGCUUCCUGGUGCGCGUCUGCCUUAUAUGGCUCUUCUUCUUCCUGCUGAGUGUAGCAGAGAGGACCUACAAACAGAGGCUGCUGUUUGCCAAACUGUUUGGUCACCUUACUUCGGCCCGCAGAGCCAGGAAGUCUGAGGUCCCACAUUUUAGGCUGAAGAAAGUUCAGAACAUCAAGAUGUGGCUGUCACUACGCUCCUACCUCAAGAGACGGGGUCCUCAGCGCUCGGUGGAUGUCAUUGUGUCGUCUGCAUUCCUGCUCACUUUAUCCGUUGUCUUCAUCUGCUGUGCACAGCUGCUGCACGUCCAUGAAACGUUCCUGGAGUAUCACUAUAACUGGGAGCUGGUGAUCUGGUGCUCCAGUCUGUCUCUCUUCCUGCUCAGGUUUGUCACUCUGGGCUCAGAGACCAGCAAGAAGUACAGCAACACCUCCAUACUUCUCACUGAACAGAUCAACCUGUAUCUGAAGAUGGAGAAAAAGCCAAACAAGAAAGAGGAGCUGACACUGGUCAACAAUGUCUUAAAACUGGCCACCAAACUACUCAAGGAGUUGGAUACUCCGUUCAGGUUGUACGGUUUGACUAUGAAUCCUCUGCUUUACAACAUCACCCAGGUGGUCAUCCUGUCUGCUGUGUCAGGAGUCAUUUCUGACCUGUUAGGAUUUAAUCUGAAGCUGUGGAAGAUCAAAUCAUGACAGUAAACUCAGAGACGGCGUCGAUACUUCACUCUCACUGAAAGAUGGGACGUCACUCAUAUCGGAGCGCUCUGACCUACAGCGUUCCCACUUUUGUGCAAUUUUACAUGCUAUUUAUUUACUUACCCACUCAGUGUUUUUAUUUAGGAUUUAUUUGAAUUUUAGUUUGUUUCAUUUUAGUGUGCUGCAACACAAAGCUAGUUACCCAUCUCUAAAAAGUGUUAAGAACAUAACAUUUAUGAUGUUCUCAUCUGCAUUUGAGUUUUCAUCCUUCCAUUUUAGUUCAUUUGCAAAUUUAAAGGAAAAGUAUUGAAUCGCUGAAGAAGCAACUUCUAUUUUAUUGUAAGUGUUAUUUCUUUAAAUAUAAAAUUACUAUUUAUGCCGAGUUAUUUUCACAACUUUAAAGAGACAUUAAUCUAACUAGUUUCACUGCAGUUCAACGCUGAAUAAGUAAAUGAAAAUGUAAGUAUAUGCAGUGGUCGGUUCAAACCACAUGCUAUAUUGUGCUCAGAUUACCAUCACAAGACUCAUUAUAUGCAAAAGUAGUCGUCUAAAGAUGUUUUUGGUAAUCAAUAGUCCGUUAGAAUUUAAAGACAAUUCAUGGUCCCAGCUUUCAAGAUACUCAGAUCCGUUUACAGCAAACCGUUACUCUUCAUACCAGCUUCCAUGUUUAAAGCAGUUUAAAAAAGACAUGUACAUACCUUAUAACAGAUAUUUAAGUAUUGUUCUGCAGGGAAAGUUUAAAUCUUCUGACUUGGGUGAGAAAAUAGUUCCUGGAUUUUAUUCUCACUUGACAGAUGACAUCAGCACUGCAAUGACACAAUCAUUCAGGAAAUGUAGAUACACAAGUGACACUUAUUAACAGAGAUUAAAGCUACAAGGCCGCUGGCCUGUAAGCAUUUCACCCAAUUUAAAAGAGAAAGUGAAGGCAUAUAUGUGGACAGUGUGCAGAAAUGGUCAUAUUGAUUGGCUGAACAAUUUGGGUCACUCAGAAGUUGUUUUUUUUAGUGGGUAUGUAGUCAUGGACCCAUCAGUGGCUUCAGCAUUUCCAGCAAUACAUUUAUAAUUUUCCUCACAAAGCUGAUGUGGCUCAAGACAAUUUCAUACCACGUCUGUGAUGAGAUGACAAAGUAGGGCUUUAUUUCUUUAUCUCAGUGGAGAGACAUUGCUUGGGUUAAAAGAGAAAUGAUGAGUAUAACUGCCAUUUGAGAAGCUAUAUGAAGAGUUUUAAUUUCCAACAGAAGUACAGAGGCAGACGGAAACAUUGUAAAACAAAUGUUUGGGGGGUUCAGUCCAUUUUAGGUUGUUUAUUUUAUUUGUUGGAUUUUAUUUCUUGAAACGUUACGUCAAAAUUUCAGAGCUACUUUAUUAUAUAGUGGAUUUCCUUCAGUCAGCUCCCAUCUGCCAUGUUUCUAGACACUGAGGUUUAAACAAGUCUGUAUGCAAAUGAAGAUAUGCACUUUAAAAACAGGUAUGCAGAUGGAAGAGUUACAUUAUUUCAGUGUCAGAAUUUUAUUUUUUAUCUUUUUUUGUACCUCACUUGCGUGACAGUCAGUGUGCGUGUUAUGUUGCAUUCAAAUAAACGAUGGCUCAGAACCUACUUGUAUCGACACUUCAGAUUGCUCUUGAAGAAAUCCUACACGGUACGUGAAGUUAUGAUGCCUACAAGAAAAAGGAUCGCACAGUGCGGUUAAAGAAACUGACAAAUCUGUCCUGGUUGAGUUGGCAUUCUAGACUUAAUUCAUAAAAAGAAAUGCAUAAUCACGAUGAGCGUCUGAAGAGGAAGACCAAAGUGUUUUAUUGUUUUUGUUCAUUUCUGCUGGGUAAAGAAUGUACUUGUACUGUAGCAUUGUGACUUAUAAUCUAUUUUUCUCUUUGGAGAUGCUUUCCCCUCCUUUGCUUUGCUUUUUGUUCUUUCAUCAGUCAUUUGUGAUUUGGUUGUUCUUCACGGUCACUAGAAAAAGGCAUGUUUUGCUAUGUUUUUAAGGAACAAAACGUCUGAAUUGUAUGAAGAUGAAUCUAGAUAAAAAGACUCCAUGUUGUGAUGCUGUUUUUAAAGAGUCUGAAUAUUUAGAUUUUGUUUUUUUUUGUGAUCUGGUCUGUGCACGAGGUCUACAUUUUUUUAUAAGAAAAAUUAAAAAAAAAGUUGCUUAAAGGCUAA